AUGGCGGAAAAACUAGCUCUCCCUCUUCUCCUCCCUAGCCCGCCACCUUCAAAACCCUUCUUCCAAGAGCCCCACCCCACCCCCACUACCCCUGCACCUCCUCUCUUAACCCCUCUCCUCCAUGAUUGCCUCCACCAACGCCAAACCGCCUACACCUCCUCCACUUCUGCUGAACCCCAAAAUCCCCCCUCUUUUAUCCACCGUACACGCCGCCGAAUUGGAAAACACCGUGACCCCAACAAGGGCAAGCCAUGGUCUCACAACCGCCUUUCACCUCAAGGUGAUUUCAUUCUUCAAUCUCUUAGUGACCCACAGUUCAACAUUGAGAAACUCGAGGAAAUAUUGCUGAAUUUAUUUAACUUGUGUGAUGAAGAAAUGGGUUCUUCGGAAUCGCUUAUAGAAACAAUUUGUUUUGAUGUUUUGGGUAUAAUUAAGGCUCUGGGGUAUUACAAGAAAUACGACCUGGCUCUGAAAGUGUUUGAAUGGAUAAGAAAUCGUCCGGAUUCGGAUAAGUUGGUUAAUGGGUCUGUUGUGGCUGUGAUUAUAAGCAUGUUGGGGAAAGAAGGCCAGGUUUCGGCGGCUGCGUCUUUGUUUCAUAAUUUGCAUAAAGAUGGAUUUGGGAUUGAUGUUUACGCAUAUACUUCCUUGAUAGCAGUUUUUGCUAGCAACAGGAGGUAUAGGGAGGCAGUGAUGGUUUUCAAGAAAAUGGAGGAAGAGGGAUGCAAACCUACUUUGAUUACUUACAAUGUUAUUUUGAAUGUAUAUGGGAAAAUGGGUAUGCCUUGGAAUAAGAUCAUGACGGUUUUCAAUGGUAUGAAGAGCUCGGGUGUUGUCCCGGAUGCUUAUACAUAUAAUACUAUUAUAAGUUCUUGUCGGCGGGGGUCUUUGUAUGAGGAAGCGAAAGGAAUUUUUGAGGAGAUGAAAUCAGGGGGAUAUGUUCCGGAUAAGGUUACAUAUAAUGCAUUGUUGGAUGUUUACGGAAAGUCCAGGAGGCCUAAUGAGGCCAUGGAUGUUUUGAGGGAGAUGGAGGUUAAUGGAUUUUCACCCAGCAUUGUGACUUACAAUUCCUUGAUAUCUGCUCAUGCUAGGGAUGGUUUGUUGGAGGUAGCGAUGGAGCUUAAAUCUCAGAUGAUUGAGAAAGGAAUUAAGCCUGAUGUUUUUACUUAUACGACUCUGUUGUCAGGAUUUGAGAAAGCCGGGAAGGAUGAAUCUGCAAUGAAGGUUUUUGAGGAAAUGAGAAAUGCAGGUUGUAACCCAAAUAUGUGUACUUUUAACGCACUAAUCAAGAUGUAUGGCAACAGGGGGAAGUUCACAGAAAUGAUGAAGAUAUUUGAUGACAUAAAGGCAUGUGGAUGCACACCAGAUAUUGUUACUUGGAAUACCCUUCUGGCUGUGUUUGGGCAGAAUGGGAUGGAUACCGAAGUCUUUGGUGUAUUUAGGGAAAUGAAAAGAUCAGGUUUUGUAGCUGAGAGAGACACUUUCAACACCUUAAUCAGCGCUUACAGCAGGUGUGGAUCUUUUGAUCAAGCCAUGGCUAUUUAUAAGAGAAUGUUGGAAGCCGGGGUCAUUCCAGACCUUUCCACUUAUAAUGCUGUUUUAGCAGCUCUGGCAAGGGGAGGGCUAUGGGAACAGUCAGAGAAAGUGUUUGCUGAAAUGAAGGAUUGUCGGUGUAAACCAAAUGAGCUGACUUAUAGCUCCUUGCUUCAUUCAUAUGCUAAUGGGAAACAAAUCGAGAAAAUACACGCUCUUUCUGAAGUCAUAUAUUCUGGCAAAAUUGAACCACGUGCUGUGCUUUUAAAAACUCUUGUUCUUGUAUAUAGUAAAAUUGAUCUUCUAAUGGAAACAGAGCGAGCUUUCCUAGAGCUAAAAAGAAGAGGUUCCUUUCCAGAUAUAACUACUCUCAAUGCAAUGGUUUCCAUAUAUGGCAGGAGGCAAAUGGUUGACAAGGCAAAUGAUAUUCUGAGCUUCAUCAACAAGAGUGGGUUCACACCUAGUUUGACAACUUACAAUAGUUUGAUGUACAUGUACAGCCGAUCAGGAAAUUAUGAAAGAUCCGAAGAAAUAUUGAGGGAUCUUUUGUCGAAAGGAAUGAAGCCAGAUGUCAUUUCAUUCAACACUGUGAUAUAUGCUUAUUGCAGAAAUGGCAGAAUGAAGGAUGCCUCGCGAGUUCUCCAGGAAAUGAAGGAAUCUGGUAUUGUUCCUGAUGUUAUCACGUACAAUACUUUUGUUGCAAGUUAUGCUGCUGAUUCAAUGUUCGUGGAGGCUGUAGAUGUGAUUCGAUACAUGAUCAAGAAUGGCUGCAAACCGAAUGAGAGCACAUACAACUCCAUUGUAGAUUGGUUCUGUAAGCUUAAUAGGAGCGAUGAAGCAAUGAUGUUCGUAACUAACCUUCACAAGCUCAAUCCCCAUGUUUCGAAGGAGGAAGAAAACAGAUUAUACGAACGAUUGAGGAUGAAAUGA